UCGAGAGUGUGGCUAGCUAGUUAUUUGGGGGGAGGCGCUGUAGCCAUUUCGUCACAUUAAAGACUGAAAGAGAAGCUACAUCGAGUCCCGGGGAAAAGAAAUUACCCCUCAGAUCUGCAUACAGAUUACCCCUGUGCUCCGCCGCAAAGGAGCACUAGCGAAAACUUCGAACCCCAUGCACAGCACGAGGAGGAGCGAGACCAGGACCGUGUAACGGGAUUCUAGGCAUUUUUAGGAUUCCGUUUUUUUUUCUAUGCGUGUAUGUGGAGGUUGAGCGAACAGUUCUAUGAGAAUCCUGCUUGCUUUGCGGCGAGAAGAGAAGUUUGGUUGUUUGUCUAGUUGGAGGAGGGAGAAGCGAAAAAGUGGGUGAAAGAUGGUUUGGAACGCCGCGCUGAGAAGUGGCUUGAUGUGCGUCCUCGCGCUCUUGCUAGGUUUUACGUCUCCCCCGUGCAAAGCUCGGAUUUACACCAACCAUUGGGCUGUUCGGAUAAACGGGGGACCAGACUUCGCCGAUCGCAUAGCGGACAAAUAUGGCUAUAGAAACAUGGGACAGAUUGGGGACCUGAAGGAUCACUACCACUUCUUCCACAGUCGGACCAUCAAGAGGUCCACCCUGUCCAGCCUGGGGCGCCAUAACUUCAUCUCCAUGGAGCCCAAGGUGGAAUGGAUUCAACAGCAGGUGGUCAAGAAAAGGAUCAAGAGGGAUUACAAACCAAACCCACCCGUGUCCAGCUCUGCCCUGACCAGCCCUGCCCAGAACAUCUAUUUCAACGAUGCCAAAUGGAGCAGUAUGUGGUACAUCCACUGUAACGACGACAUCCAUAACUGCCAGUCUGGCAUGAACAUCAUGGGCGCGUGGAAGAGGGGCUACACAGGGAAGGAUGUGGUGGUCACCAUCCUGGACGACGGCAUCGAGAGGAACCACCCAGACCUCAUACAGAACUACGACAACCAGGCCAGCUUCGACGUCAACGGCAACGACAUGGACCCCAUGCCGCGCUACGAUGCCAGCAACGAGAACAAACACGGGACGCGGUGUGCAGGUGAAGUGGCAGCAUCUGCUAACAACUCCCACUGCAUUGUGGGAAUUGCCUACAACGCUCGGAUUGGAGGCGUGCGGAUGCUGGAUGGGGACGUGACAGACAUGGUGGAGGCCAAGUCCCUCAGCCUGCAGCCGCAGCACAUAGACAUCUACUCUGCCUCCUGGGGCCCCGACGAUGACGGCAAGACCGUGGACGGGCCCGCCUCCCUCGCCCGGCAGGCCUUCGAGAACGGCAUCCGCAUGGGGAGGAAGGGCCGAGGUUCCAUCUUCGUGUGGGCAUCCGGUAACGGCGGGCGCAGCCGCGACCACUGCUCGUGCGACGGCUACACCAACAGCAUCUACACCAUCUCCAUCUCCAGCACGGCAGAGAGCGGCAGGAAGCCCUGGUACCUGGAGGAAUGCUCCUCCACCCUCACCACCACCUACAGCAGCGGAGAGAACUACGACCGCAAGAUAAUCACCACAGAUCUGAGGCAGCGUUGUACAGACAGCCACACCGGGACCUCGGCUUCGGCCCCCAUGGCCGCGGCCAUCAUCGCCCUGGCCCUGGAGGCAAACUCUCUGCUGACCUGGAGGGACGUCCAGCACAUCAUUGUUAAGACGUCUCGCGCCGGUCACCUCAACGCCCCCGACUGGAAAACCAACGCUGCGGGUUACAACGUGAGCCACCUGUACGGGUUCGGUCUGAUGGACGCAGAGGCCAUGGUGAAGGAGGCGGAGCGAUGGAAGCAAGUCCCCUCGCAGCACAUCUGUGUAGAGAGCGCCGACCGACAGAUCAGGACGAUCCGCCCCGAGCAUGUGGUGCGGACAGUGUACAAGGCGACGGGGUGCAUCGAUAACUCCAACCACCAUGUGAUCUACCUGGAGCACGUGGUCGUACGCAUCACCAUCACACACCCUCGCCGUGGCGACCUGUCCAUCAACCUCACCUCCCCCUCGGGCACCAAGUCUCAGCUGCUGGCCAACAGGUUGUUUGACCACUCCAUGGAGGGCUUUAAGAACUGGGAGUUCAUGACCACACACUGCUGGGGGGAGAAGGCUGCUGGAGACUGGAUCCUGGAGAUCCACGACUCACCCUCGCAGCUCCGCAGCCAGAAGGUUCCAGGCAAGCUAAAGGAAUGGUCGCUUGUUCUGUAUGGGACCUCUGUGCACCCCUACUCCUCGCUGCACGUUGAGAACCUGCGCUCUGCCGAGGCCCCCGUCGACGAGGAGUUCACAGAGGAGUACAACGGCCCCUGUGACAGGGAGUGCAGUGAAGUGAACGGCUGUGAAGGACCCGGCCCUCACCAGUGCAGCAACUGUCUUCACUACUUCCUCAAGUUCAAGAACAACACCAGGACCUGUGUGUCGGACUGCCCUACCGGGUUUUUCCGUGACGACAGGAAACGCUGUAAGAAGUGUUCCGCUCAGUGUGACACUUGCGUUGGUAGUCGUAGCGACCAGUGCACCACCUGUCGGACGGGCUACUAUCUUAGCGAGGGCUCCAACACCUGUGUGGCCAGCUGCGAGGACAGCUUCUACUUUGACCAUGACGCCAGCAUGUGCAGGAGGUGUCAUGAGAACUGUAAGAAGUGCAGCUCAUCCAGCGUGUGCUCAGAGUGCAAGCAGGGGAUGAGCCUCCAGAACAACAAAUGUCAGAUGACCUGUGACCCCGGAACCUACUACAACGGGCACAGAAGGGCGUGUGAAGCGUGCCACCGGGCAUGUGCCACCUGCGCAGGCACGGGGAUCGAGGCGUGCAAUAAGUGCGCGGAGGGCUACUUCCUGGAGGAGUGGCGCUGUGUGCCCAGUUGCAGCGUGGGAUACUAUCUCUCCGAGCAGACCUCAGACAAAGGAGACAUCCAGAAGUCCUGCAAGAAGUGUGACCACAGCUGCCAGUCGUGUUCAGGUUCUGGGGAGAGGAACUGUAGCACCUGUGUGAGUGGAUACAACCUGGAGGCAGGAGUCUGUGUGGUCAGCACCAUCUGCAAGGAUGGUGAGUACUUAAACUCACACGGGAAGUGCCACAUGUGUGACGCCACCUGCAAGCUGUGCACCGGCCCCGAGGUGGAGGAGUGCAUCAGCUGUCCCAGCAGCAGGUACUUUGACGAGGGCAAGUGUGUGAUCCGCUGCCAGAAGGGGCGCUACGCCAUGGGCCGCCAGUGCCACCUGUGCCACCACACCUGCAAUGAAUGCAACGACAGCGGGCCGGACAACUGCACCAGCUGUGACAAGGACAAGUAUAAGGUGCCCAGGUACCUGUUUGGGGGGGAGUGUCGGGAUUCAUGCCCCGACGCCUUCUACCCCUCCUGGAGGAACCGCUGUGAGGUGUGCCCCGCCCACUGCUCUGUCUGCUCCGCCCCCGACCACUGCCUGCACUGUAGCCCCGCCCACUACCUUAAAGACGGGAAGUGUGUCCCUCUGGAAUGUGGCGAAGGUGAGGUGGAAAAUCCAGAGUAUGAGGACUGUAUGCCAUGUGAGGAAGGCUGUAAGAAGUGCCUGCAGAAGAACCCCAGAGAGUGCCUCACCUGUGCUGAGGACUACUACCAGCUGGGUACAGACUGCUACAGGAGCUGUCCAGACAGCACCUACAGUGCUGAGGUCUCCAUGACGUGUGUCCGCUGUGAGGACAGACACUGUGUCAACUGUGACCCCCAGCAGUGCUACUGGUGUGAGGAGGGACACUACAUCUCAGACGGCGAGUGUGUGGAGCACUGCACGGAGGGCUUCUACGUGGACGAGGAGAGUCAGGAGUGUGAGCCGUGUCACCGGGAGUGCCGCUCCUGCGGAGGCCCAAACUACGACGACUGUGACUCCUGUGAGGACGACUUCACCCUGACGGCCGGGCAGUGUGUGGACGUCCUGAACACUGCCUGCCCCCAGAAACACUACCGCAACGGUAAGGGGGACUGCCAGCAGUGUCACUCCUCCUGUCUCAGCUGCUCCGCCCCGGGGAAGGAGGACUGUAACAGCUGCGACCCAGGUCACUUCCUGACCAGCCGUCAGUCCUGUGUGUCUCAGUGUCCACAGGGAGCGUUUGGUAACCUGACGUCAGGCCACUGUGACGACUGCGUGCCCGGCUGUGUCCUGUGCCAGGACGGCCUGGUCUGCCAGAGGUGCAGCACAGGACAUACACACCUGUACCUGCAGGAUGGACAGUGUGUGGCCGAGUGUCACAGGGGCUUCCCCUGGGGGGGUGAGUGCCAGCCCUGUGCCCCAAACUGUGCCUCCUGCCUGGGCAACACCACCCACUGUCUGAGCUGUGAGCUCCAGUACCUGCUGCUGGAGCACUCCUGCAGGGGCCACUGUCCCAGGGGGCACUACCCCCAGCAGGGCCGCUGUCUGCGCUGCCCCCCUGACUGCACCCGCUGCAGCUCUGAGGGCCUCUGCCAAGAGUGUGACAGGUACUACUUCCUCCAUGAGGACAGGUGUGUGGACGACUGUCCUGCCGGCUUCUUCCCCAGCCCGGAGCUGAAGGAGUGUGUGCGUUGCCAUGCCGACUGCGCGUCGUGUGACGGGCCCGACUCGGACGACUGCGACGUCUGUAAGAACCCGGCGGCCGUCCGCUACAACGGGGAGUGUCUGCCUCGCUGCCCCUCCAACACCUACCACGACACACACACCUCAGAGUGCAGGGACUGUGAUAGGUCGUGUCAGACGUGCUCCGGCCCCGAGCCCUCCUCCUGCUCCUCGUGUGGAGCCAGGAUGCGUCUGGACGCCAGUGGACACUGUGUGUUCUACGACAGCUGCCCCCUGCGCUCCUACAAAGACUCGGACGGAGAGUGUCAGACCUGCCCCCUGACGUGUCACCGCUGCACCGGGCCGUCUAAGAAAGACUGUCUGAGCUGCAACGCCCCUCUCCUGCUGCUCAACAACACCUGUGUGGACGGGUGUCCUGUGGGUUAUUAUGACGACAAGGAGGGGCGUUUGUGCGAGCGUUGUCACUUCAGCUGUGCGUCGUGUCAGGGUCACCAUAGCAUCCAGUGUGUCACCUGCAAACCCGGGCGCUUCAGGCUGGGUCUCAGCUGUGUGGAGUCCUGCGGAGAGAAUCACUACGGCAACGCCACCACCAUGACGUGCGAGCGCUGUGACCCGUCGUGUAAGCAGUGUCGCGGCGGCGGGGACAGCCAGUGUUUGAGUUGCCGUGACGACUACCUGCUCCUGCCGCAGAGCGGGCGUUGCCUGAAGACGUGUCCAGAGAACUUCUACCCCGACACCCGCGCCAAGAUCUGCCGGCGCUGUCACCCCACCUGCAAGACCUGCAGAGAUGAGGGCGCUCUGGCCUGCACCAGCUGUUACCACGGCUACAGACAGUUCGCAGGGAUCUGUGAGUCUGACUGUUUACUCGGCUUCUACACCCCCUCAGAGGUUUCCUCCCCUCAGGGUUCCAGUUCUCUGGGUUCUGAGGCGGAGUGUGUUCCGUGCGACCGCUCGUGUCUGGACUGCUACGGGCCGGGCCGCUGGAACUGCACCGUGUGCCCCGCCCUCCAGAUCCUGGCAGACGACGGGCGCUGUCUGUCCUGCUGCGGGGAGACGGCCCACAAUGCACCGCUGCAACACGAGUGCUGCGACUGCAAGACCUCCUAUGAGGAGUGCAUCCUGGGGGUCAACUUCGUGUUCCGAAGCCCUGAGGAGCUGGACUUGGAGCAGGGAGGCCGGCCGGCUCUCUUCGCUCUGAUCUCCAUCUUCAUCAUCGUUGCUGUGGGGACCGUGGUCUUCCUCCUCCUCCGGUCACGCUCCAAGAGAGGCCCCGCCUCCACCGGCAAGUACGAGAAGCUGGGCAUGGAUGCGGGCGGAGCCAAGGCUGUCUCCGACAGCGGCUACGGGGAGUACAGCGACCGCAUCCUGGAGGGAGAGGAAGAUGACGAGGAGGAGGAGGAAGAUGACAUCGUGUACAUGGGCAAGGACGGGACGGUCUACAGGAAGUUCAAAUACGGCCUGCUGGACGAGGAUGAGGAGCUGGAGAUGGAGUAUGAUGACGAGGAGGCCUUUACCUGACUGAGGGGGGGGGGGGGGGGGGAGGGGGGGGACACCUGGCCUGGCUCGAACACACCGGCGCUGAACACUUCUCUUACUCGAGUUGCACUGAUGUUGCUGUGUGGGUUAACUUCGUCAGUGUCUGUCACUUAAAUCAAGUGCACCCCAAGCAUCUGGAUGUAUUUGCAUACAUUGUAGAUUUUGACACAGGUGUGAAACCAAAUACAGACCUCAAAGUGGGUGGGGGGGACUUUUACGUGCUGUCGUCAAUGACGUAGAUUAUCUAUAAUGACCUCUUGAAUUGCUGUUGGUCUGAAUGUUUGCUUUCUUGUAAUUGAAUGUCCUUGUACAUACAAGAACAUUUUCCGUUUUAUCCUUUCAUACAUCUCUUAGAAGUAAAAGAAGAAUGUUGUGUUGAGCUUGCACUAAGGUUGUGUUUUCAUUUUUUCUUG